CAAGUUUCCAUACCACCAUCAUCCCCCACCGGCUCCUUUUGAGGUCGCUUGAAGACGACGUGCCAGCGGACGCUUUGCAGAUCCACGCCCUUAUAAAUCAGCGGAGCCCCCUCGGACUGACCGCGAUCACGACGCAGCUGUGACAAGCACUAGGCGGAGUUCACGCCGUAGCCGCCCACAAUGGCACCUAGAGGCGGGAUCACUGCCCACGACGACGACGAGGAUGUAGAGGAGCAUCUGCUAGACACCCGCUCCAUCCGCUCGACUGCCUCAUCGUCCAAGACACUCGUUCGCCCGCCGACAUAUUAUGGGGAUGGACCAUUUGACGCACCGAGCUCGGACUCAUCGGAAGAGGGGGACGCACUGCUGGAAGAUAAGGAGUCCUUGGACGAGGAGAUUCCGAGGACAAGGUCGCCAGGGCGCGCAGAAGAUGGGUUGUAUGUCGGUGGCGCGCCUCAGUCGCGCAAGGGCCCAACGCGAUAUCUGGUCAUUGCACUGGCCAGCCUGGUCGGCUUGUCCGCGAUCAUAGGCAUAUUCGCCUCCCUAUCGUACUCGGCGAAGGGGUCGGUGUACCGCGCGCCAGGUGUCAAGAAGAUCACGAUGGACCACGUCUUCAACGGCACGUUCUCAGCAGAGACGAGGGAUUUGCAUUGGGUGAAGGAGGCCGGCGACGGCGUCUUUUCCGUGCAGGAGGAUGGCUACAUCAAGCUCGUCGACCUAAAGAAUAACAAGACGAUGACCAACCUUGUCAACAUGUUGGACGUGAAGCGCGAGAAUGGGGAGCCAAUUACGGACUGGGCGGACUGGCAGCUCUCCGCGGAUAUGAAGUACAUCCUCGUCAAGACGGACUACGUCAAGCAAUGGCGACACUCGUCCCUCGGCAACUACUACAUCCACGAUAUCGACGCUGGCGAGACGCAACCUCUAGUCGGACCAAAUCACCCUCCCACCACCGCGUACGCUGCAUGGUCACCUGUUGGUGACAUAGCCUAUGUGGACUCAGGAGAUCUCUACCUGCUCCAGGGCUCUGAUCUUUACAACCCCAUCCGCGUCACCUAUACUGGCUCUCCUACGGUCACGAACGGCGUGCCCGACUGGGUAUACGAAGAAGAGGUCUACGGCGGACCCUCCGCGCUCUGGUUCUCGCCCACAGGAGACCGCCUCGCUUUUCUCAGCUUCAAUGACACCGAGGUCGACAUCUUCCGCUUCGAGAUCUUCAACCCAACCGACGACAACGACGCCGUCAUCCCGUACACGCAGCCCACCGAAGUACCAUACCCGAAGCCUGGGUACUCCAACCCCAUUGUCGGCGCCUAUGUCUUCGACAUUGCCAACCAUGUCUACGCUGAGGAGAUGCCGGAGAGUGUGGUACUUGGCGAGACGCUACACCUCUUGCAGUGGUCCCCUAGCCUGCCCGCUGACGACCAGAUCAUCAUGGAAGUCGCUUGGGUGGGCAUCCAGAGCCUGAUUGUGAAGGAGGUCAACAGGAAUGCCGACAACGGGCACGUAGUGUUCGUCGACUUCUCGGAGGGCGCGCCGGAAGGCAUCGUCGUGCGCACGCUUGGCAAGGACGGAGAGGAAGGCGACGACGGCUGGAUCGAACAAGCGCAGACAGUGUUCCCUCUGCCGAGGGAUGUGCUGUCCACGGCGGCCUUUCAAGGCAGCAAGAACGCGUACCUGGACAUCGUACCAACCAAGGAAGGGUACAACCAUAUCGCCCUCUUCCCUGUCGCCGAUACUGCAGAGCCCGUCUGGCUAACAAACGGUGAAUGGGAGGUGACGAGCUCCAUCAAGGGCGUCGGUCAGAACAGCAAGGACGAGUGGGUGGUAUAUUUUGAAGCCGCAAACCCUAUGUCUACAGCGCGCAACCUUUACUCCGUCGCUAUUCCUUCGAACCUCACUUCGAGCGCCGUCCCAGAUAUCACACCAUUGACCUACAGCGAGGAUGCACCUCUCGCCGAGCAAGAGGCGUACUACUCCACCUCCUUCUCACCAGAGGCAGGCUUCUACUUGUUGAGCUACAAAGGGCCUGGCGUGCCAUACCAGAAGGUCGUUCAUGUUGGUGACGAAGAUUUCGAGUAUACUCUCACUACCAACGAUCGCCUGUCAAAUGUCACUGCUGAGUUCGAGACGCCAACGAUAAUCCGCGGCACCAUUGAGAUCGACGGUAUAGAACUCAACUACCGCGAGAUCCGCCCACCACGCAUGGACGACUCUGGUCGUACGAAGUAUGCCGUCCUCUUCAACGUCUACGGUGGCCCCGGCUCCCAAACCGUCGACCUCCGCUUCGCGGGGUACGACUGGCACGGCUACCUCGCCUGCGGCCUCCAGUACAUCGUGGUCGCCGUCGACGGUCGCGGCACGGGCUUCGAGGGCCGUGGCCUGCGCAGCGUGGUCAAGGGUGAUCUGGGCUUCUGGGAGACGCAGGACCAGGUGGCGGCGGCAAGGAUAUGGGCAGGACGCAAUUAUGUGGAUCCACGGAGGAUCGGAAUCUGGGGUUGGAGCUAUGGCGGGUUCAUGGCCGGCAAGGUCGUGGAGGCGGACGCCGGAAUUCAUUCAUUGGCCAUGUCGGUGGCGCCUGUGACAAGUUGGCGGCUAUACGACUCCAUCUACACGGAGCGCUACAUGAACACACCCGAGCUGAACCCAGGCGGCUACGUCAACGCGUCUAUCACCGACGUCGAGCCCUUCAAGAAGGUGGACUACCUCCUCGCUCACGGAACUGGCGACGACAAUGUGCACUUUGCGAAUUCAGCACAUCUGCUGGACAUGUUCGUCAAGGGGCAUGUACGGGACUACGCGUUCAGGAUGUUUACCGACAGCGAUCACGCAAUCCGUACUCGCGGCGCGUAUCGAGAACUGCACGAGUUCUUGACCGGCUUUCUGUUGGAAAAAUGGGGUAAAGGCGGGAGGAAGCGGGGCUGGUGA